CCGACAGUCCGCUCCGGUGAACAUGUAAAAACAGCAGCAACACGAGAUUCCCAACACAAGAUUUCCAGAUGAGAUGCUGCUUUUGCUCUGCGAUCCACGCGGAUGACAGCAAACACAUCAGCUCAGCCUCCAUCAAUCAUCAUAAACAUGCAUAUGUGGAUAUUGGCCGUAUCGUCGUUGGCCACGUUUUUCAGCUUAACUGAGAUGUUCGACAUCUACGGGGAUAUCUGUGGUGGCUUGUGCGUCUGCGAGGAACGAGACGGCAUUUUUACAGCCGGCUGUGAAAACAGAGGAAUUAACAGUCUGUCAGAGGUAACACCUUUACACUUCACUGCAUAUCAUCUCCUGCUCACAGGGAAUCUGCUGAAGAAAGUCUCGCUCAACGAUUUCCUUCAUUACGAGGGACUCACUAUUUUACAUCUAGGCAACAAUGAUAUAUGCGAGAUCGAAGCGGGCGCCUUUAACGGACUCCAGGGAUUAAAGAGACUGCAUCUAAACAAUAACAAAAUCGAAGCACUAAAGGACGACACUUUCCUGGGACUUGAAAGCCUGGAGUACCUACAGAUUGACUAUAAUUAUAUUAGCCACAUCGAACCCAACGCUCUGAGUGCUUUACGUCACUUAGAGGUGCUCAUCCUCAAUGACAAUCUACUCUCCGUUCUGCCACACAACAUCUUUCAGUAUGUACCUUUAACGCAUCUCGACUUGAGAGGCAAUCAGCUUAAAGUGCUACCCUACAGCGGACUUCUGGAGCACUUGAGUCGAAUCGUUGAGCUGCAGCUUGAGGAAAAUGCGUGGAAUUGCUCUUGUGAGCUUAUUGCGUUAAAAACAUGGCUUGAAAGCAUAUCCUACACAGCUUUAGUUGGCGAUGUGGUUUGCGAAACGCCAUUCAGAUUGCACGGACGAGAUCUGGACGAGAUUUCCAAACAAGAACUGUGUCCUCGCAGAGCCAUCGCUGAAUAUGAGAUGCGCGCAGAACCGGCGCACAGCAGCGAAACGGUUUAUAAAACCACACCAGCGACUGCUGGAUUUGCCUCCUCAACCAUUCUGCGCUCAACCAAAAGCAGUCGGUUAUCAGGAAAACUGCGUGUCAAACCUACAUCGCGCUCUUCUUCGAGCAAGCCGCAGAAUUACGGCCCCAUGUUGGCUUAUCAAACAAAAUCGCCAGUUCCUUUGGACUGUCCCAACACUUGUACGUGUAAUCUGCAAAUAUCAGACCUCGGGUUGAACGUUAACUGCCAAGAGAGGAAAAUCGAAAGCAUCUCGGAUCUCGAUCCCAAGCCGUACAAUCCUAAAAAGAUGUAUUUAACCGGAAACUACAUCUCUUCGGUUUGCAGUUCAGACUUUAGUGGCGCGACUGGAUUGGAUUUGCUCCACUUGGGGAACAAUCGCAUCGCAGUCGUCCACGAUAAAACAUUCGGCCAGCUCAUACAUCUACGCAGACUCUAUCUGAACGGAAACCUAAUCGAGCGUCUAACUGAGGAUAUGUUUUACGGUCUGCAGAGCUUGCAGUAUUUAUAUUUGGAGUACAAUGUGAUUCGUGAGAUUGCAGUUGGGACUUUUCAGCAGUUGCCCAAUCUUCAAUUGCUGUUUCUCAACAAUAAUCUCCUCAAGACCUUGCAUUUGGGCAUUUUUGACGGAUUAAACCUUGCUCGAUUGAAUCUACGCAGCAAUCACUUCCGAACUCUUCCGGUUAUUGGCGUACUUGACGAACUUGCGUCGCUAAUUCAGAUCGAUCUCUUCGAGAACCCUUGGGAUUGUUCGUGCUCCAUAUUGGACAUGAAGAACUGGUUGGAGCAGCUCAGCACGGGCACUGUUGUGAACACCGUCAUCUGCGAAUCUCCACCGAGGCUUUCUGGAGAGGAUAUGCGCUACAUUCGAUCGUCUCACAUUUGUCCGGAAAGCUCAAUUGCGCAAUCAUCUGCCGUCCCGCCAUCGGAGGAAUCUUUUCCUGGAAGUACAAUCACUUUAGAGACCGCUCUUGAUUUUGAUACUCAGUAUCCCGCCGUUCCUCUUUCCGUCUUAAUACUUGCUUUAUUGCUUCUUUUUAUAUUAUCAGUAUUCAUCGCUGCAGGUUUGUUCGCAGUGAUAAUGAAGCGGCGUAAAAAGUCAGAACGCUCUGCUUCAAUAACCGCCAGUGCGAUUUAUAACGAAAGAGCGAACAUGAAGUCUCGAACGUCGGCGGGUCACGUUUACGAAUACAUCCCACCGUCGGCGGAGAGCGCUGCUAAAAAUGGCCGCUACAACCCCAACGCAAUCGAGAAUUAUAGAGACUUCGAAGAGCUCAAUAGAGUUCUGGGGACAAACUCGGACGAAGAAAUCGGUAGCAAUGCAAUAAGCUCAGAGUUCAGCGCCGGGACUCCAGAACCGCUCAAUAGGAACUCUCCACUUUUGGAUGACAACUAUUUCUACCGGGAUAUUUUAGCUAGGGACCAGCAGGCCUCCUAUAGAGGUCAUUUACCAUGUAAACAUGGCACUCAUACAGAUUUUGACGUGGGGCAUCAUCAGUACUUGAAUCCGGAAAGGGUUCAGCAGACCAUGGUUUACUGCUCGAGCCCCACCACCGUCUACAUUGAGCCCAACAGAAGCGAGUGCUGGGAGCUGAGGGCCAAGCUGCACUUUGAACCAGAUUAUUUGGAGGUCCAUGAGAAAAGGACAACUUUUACCCAGUUCUGA